AGACAUCACUCCAAAAACAUCUCCAACGAAAGGAGAAAAAUCUACAGUUCCAACUGCCAAGCCUAAAAAAAACAUUGGCAUAAAUGGUGGUGGAAGAGCAAUGAGUGAUAAAGUGAAGGAGAAGGUAAAUUGUGGUAAUGCUGAUAUAAGCCGCAAAACAAAGCUCGCUCCAAUAAAUAUCGCGGAAAUAGUUGAAAAAGCGGAAGAGACGACUAAGGAGAACGUUACUUCUCGAUUGCGCACUAGCGAAUUGGAUGCGAACGAAUCCUCUUCGGAAAUUCCGACCAAUUCGCGCAAGAGUCUGCAGGAUACAAUGAAAUCAGCGGGACGAAAGAUGUAUAAUUUUUUCCGCUAA